CUCAGCGUUGCCAGGUAGCUGAUUGGUGCCCCGGCUCCAGGUGCGACCACUAUCGGUAUCGCUGCCUAUGCGAGCACAACAGCAACCUCGAUGGAGAUGAUAGACAUCAAGCAACUCCAGAUGCUGAACCUUGAGCGGGUGGUGGCCCUAGAAACCUGGCUGACAACCACCAACACUAAGCUAAUUCAAGUCAAUGGUCAGAGGAAGUAUGGAGGACCACCUGAGGUGUGGGAUGGCCCCAUCCCAGGAGCUCGCUGUGAAGUCUUCAUCAGCCACAUCCCAAGGGAUACGUAUGAGGACCAACUCAUCCCUCUGUUCAGCUCUGUGGGGCCGCUCUGGGAGUUUCGACUUAUGAUGAACUUCAGCGGCCAAAACCGUGGCUUUGCCUACGCCAAAUAUGGCUCCUCUGCUAUAGCUACCCAGGCUAUCCACCUACUGCACGGCUACAUGAUAGAGCCUGGCGCCUGCCUCAGUGUCAACCGCAGCGUGGAGAAGAGACACCUCUCUCUCGGAGCUCUACCAACUACCACCAAGCAAGAGGACCUGCUAAAGGUGCUGCGUUUGCUGGCAGAGGGGGUGGAGAGAGUGGCCCUGAAGACUGGGCCAGGCAUAGAGGGGACAACUGCUAUAGUGGGCUUCUCAUCCCACUAUUUUGCUUCUAUAGCCAAGAAGAUGCUGGUGGAAGAAACUUCUAAUCUUUCUCCAGCAUUUAGGAAGCAAUAUGGGUUAACCAUUUCUGUCAAGUGGCAUUCAUCAGAGCUGGUGAUCCCUGAUAAGCCAUGGCCUACUCGGACAUUCCCAAUGGGCCUACCAUCGCCCCCAAAGCCCCCACGCCAUGCCUUGAAGCUCCUGCCCUCAGUCCUGCCUCCACACCUAGCUGUCGCUCCCUCCAACUCCCCAGGUUUCUGCAGAGCUGUAGGAGGACCCAUUGCCACCAAAUCCCAUCCUCCUAGUUCCUCCUCCCACCGGGCCCCUCCAGGGAUUGAAGUGUCCCCUUUGACGCUCCUCCGUAGGGCAUGUGAGGUGACUGGGGUCGGUCAGCCGUCCUUUGAGCUGCACUACAGCCACAUUGGGCCAGAUGGAUUCCUCUACUAUACCUAUAAGGUGAACAUCCCUGGGAUCACAUCACCCUUCACUGGACAGGUCAUGAUCUUGCCGGGACCCAGCCUCGACACCAUAGUAGAGGAGGCUGAGAAGGCUACAGCCCAGGAGGUCCUGCAGAAGGUGUUCAACAGCCAGUUUGCGCUGUGAACCGUGAACACUCCAGCAACUCUUGAGUUUGUUUGUGUUUAUAUAUUAUAUAAAAAAAAACAUUGUUGUUUGCCCUAAUAUGUAGUUUGAAAUGUUCUAUGUUUGUGUUGGAGAAGUAGGUUUGUGUUGUUUGGACCUGUGUGGUUUGUUUUAUGCAUGCUUUUUAUUGAAUGUUGCAGUAUUCUGCCUUACUGUUGUGGUUCCUCAUUUUAAGUAAAUGAGAUUUCAAUGGAAA